AUGGCAGAAGGAACUGAUUGCCGAUUUCGUGGUGCCUUUCAGAACGAAGGGGGAAUUGACACCUUGCGGUCCAACAGGAAAAACAGUAUUUCUAGACAAGUUUCAACCGAUACCAAUUAUUACGCUUUACGAUGCUUGGAGUCUCCUUUGGAGUUACGCGCAUCGGCACUCAAAGAAGAUGACAGCAGAAAAGCAAAUCAAAUAUCUAUACGAGAGUCAGGAACGCUUAGAACAGAGUAUAGUAAUAAUACAGCAAGAUCCAAAAUUGCGUCCAGCAACAGUGGACCUCACACACUCAAGUCAAGUAUCGAAACGGAAAGGCAAAGAUGUGAAAUUCAUGAUGGGUUCGCAAUCCGAGAGGAACUUGAAGGAUGUCCUAACACCGAAACAAUUGAAAAAUUGCGGGCAUCCUUUGGGGAACUGUUCAGAAUUGGUUCCCUAGGAGGCGAUUGUUGGAAACCGAUUGUCCCUCAGAAAACGUGUCGUCUUGUACACGCGGACUAUCACUUUACCAGUAGAGGAUCAACUGUCGGAAACCCUACAACUAUGUCUCAAAUGCAAUUAUGUGAAGGAAAAAGUGGAAGAACGUCGCGUUGCAACGAUUCUUUUAUCUUAGUUGAUGCAUUUAAAGAUAAUUUUCGUAUUAGUAUUGCAACCUUGGUUGAUUAUGAAGUUCUUGAAGGUGAUCCGAAAAAACUAACUUAUCACAUAAGAUGUGUUGCUGAUUUUGGCUUUGAGCAUAUAAUUAUUAUUGGGAAGACCGAUUAUGGAAUGAUCUUUUUAGACUGUUAUAGUCGUGUUUUUUUGUGGGAAAAUAUGAGUCGAACGUUAUGGCCACUUGGUGAUUCUCCCGAAGAAGCAUCGAAACGCAUAGUUAAAGGUGAGUUGUUUGAAGAUAAUUGA